CGCGUCGGCCCGCGGCCCGCGCUAGUGUGCCACAGCGCGCGACGCCGAGCGCCGCGACGACCGAUCUCUAGUCCCACAACACCGCGCGAACGCGAAAACAAACACCGUAAUUAUCUCCCCGCGAUAAAACCAUACAACGCGCUAUCAGUUCUUGAUAACUCACCAGUGUGAUAACUGAUAAAGUGAGUGGUUGACGCCUUUCGUACUGUGUAUUAUGUAAAACCAAAAAGUGAAUUUCCUGGAGACGCAAUUAUGGCAGCGGCGACUGAACCCCGUAAGACGGUGUCGAUCUACGACUACCCGGAACAUCUGAAUCCUUUCCAUGAGGAUGACAAUCACAACAAGAUUCGGUUCUGGACCAUCGGCAAGCGGCUCAGCAGAUCCAACAGCAUCAGCUUCUCAGGACUGAAAGACCUCAAGAAUUCAUGGGCCUUCCGAUCGUUUAUGAAAAAAGGAAAGAAAGGACAACAGGCGCCUUCAACUUAUAAGUCGAACAACACUUUAAAUGGAGACUCCUCACCUAUUAUGUACAGAAGAGCAUUGCAAUAUUCAGCAGCCGCACGCAGCACGGUGGGAUCUCCUGAGAAAUCGGAUCGCUACGUAUACGGAGGAUCCAUAACUCCGUUACCUCGCUCCCGGUUUCAGGAGCGAUUACGCAGCACCAGCCACUACGAAGUCCAAUCUCUAAGUGCAACGCCGCGUUUGGCCCGCAGUGAGGUCACGGGGUCACGUUUAAGCGUGGAAAGCACCAACCCAUUCGACGAGGAUCCCGUCCCGCCUGUUCGAGCGUCGCGGCGUAAGAAAAAGCGGGCGCCCUUGCCACCAGGACCGGUCAUAACCAGCCCCGAGACUGCAGACACCACAGUGUCCAGUGUCACCUCAGACCUGCAAGUAAGCGAGUCCGAAGACAGCAAAUUAAAUAACACUAACGGAGAUUUAGACUUAGAAGAAGAUAUGCAUUUGAAUAUCGAACUUAAAAUAGUGGAAGAUGAAGACGACAAAGAGAAAAGAAUAAAAAUAGAAGAAGCUGAACAAAUAACACAUAAUAAUGUAAACAGUAAUGAAGAAGUGCAAGUCGCUGCGACUACAGAACAAAAAGUGGAAAAUGUCCAAAACGAGGUCGAGAAACAAACCAACGGCGAUGACCAUAGCGACGAUGCGACACUCAGAAACAGCACUUCAGAAGAAGACAUACUUAACUCAUCAGCAUUUCGUAAAAUAGACAUUGUAAAAUACAGACGUAAUUCCAGCGUCAAUGAAGACGAUAUACGACUACGACGAGGCAAUUUAGAAGACUUCCAGUCAUUAUCAAACAAAAGGAGCAAGAGUCUUACAAACACCUCGGACACGACAUUCACGACGUACGAUAUAAACUUGAAUGAAAGCAGAACGAACCUCGACACCAACGGAAACGAAGAACCUAAAAAAGUUGUGUGUAAAGUCUACGACGAGAAUGAUCGAAAGAAAAGCAUUGAAACUAUUUCGAGUACGGAAAAGGAAUUCCUUGAAAUUGAUAGAGCGACAAGAGAGCUCGAAAGAGAAAUUAAUAAACUCAAUUCUGCUCUGCAUGAGGAUGACAUACCAAGCGUAGACUGUCGUCUUUCGGUCUCGGAAAUCAAAAGGAGGUUUGACAAGAAUGACGUGUCUUCACCAAAUCCAAUACCAAAGCCUAGAAGAAGUCACUAUGGCGGCGGCUCCAGUACCCCAUAGAAAAACAUAAAAUAUAUCGGAGUCUGGACUGUCGAAAAUUAUUUAUUUACAUUUAAUGUAGUGUACGAAUGUGUGCACAGAUUAGAUUUCCAAAUUUGAAAGUAUUCUAAUGAAGUUAAGUGAGAAUAAAAGCAUGCGAAUAAAAUAUUAUAAUUUGUUUCAAGAUAAUAAACUGAGAGAUAUGGUAAAACGAUUUUUCAACGAAAUUUAUUUAAAAAUAUAUAUAUAUUUGCAAGUUGUCUGGAUAUAACGAAGUUUUAUAAUAAAGGCAAACGUGUAGGUACAAUAGAAAAUAAUAAAUAAGUAUAAUGUGUUGUAACAUGUGAUGUUUAGGUAAUAGAGGAUUAGAUGUAAUCGGAUCUCAGUCAUUAAGGGAGUUUGCAAUACGUUACUAUCGAGUUGCAUAGCACAUGCUUAACUACUUCGUUAUACUAAUGGCCGAAUACUCAAACACAACAUUAUAUAUUUUCAAGUCUCAUGUUGUCCAUGUUACUCUCACGCAUAAAGUAGAGACAUUACAACAUUUUUCGUAGUCUUUGAGUAUUCGGCGUCACUCUAGAUCCCUAGUGCCUUUGUUAAAUAGUACGUACUUUAUUUGAUAACAAUCAUAUUUAUACGUAAAUGACAGCCUUAACUAGAACCUUAUUAUAUGUUCUGCCAUAAAAUAUUUUAAAUAUUUAGCGGCGUAGGAUAGGUUUAAUUGUGAUAACUAUUUUAGAACAAUAAAUAUGCUUAUCAUCAUGAUAACCACAAAUCAAGGAAUAGUUAAGAAUGUAGUAAAUUAUAGAUGUUUUGCAUCUAAAAAUACAAAUUUAUAGUCUAUUAUUUUAUGUGUAACAAGAGUUUAUUAUAGAGAUAUCUAUGUAUGUAGAUGCCAUUGUGACGAACAAUCGGUAACAAUAUAUUGUCACUGCAUUUGUGUGCUUGAUUCCUAACUAUUUAUACAAAUGUUCACAUCGGGAUUAGUUGUUAGUCCAGUCAUUGUUGUUUAAUAAAUUAUUAUUCUAUUAA